AUGUUUCGAUCAGCCCUGAAACUUGCCCGUGCCCCGGCCUCCUCUUCGGUCAUGGCUACUUCCCGUCGUGCCAUUGCUACCUCUUCCUUUGUCCCUCCCUCUCCCUUCACCUCCGCAGACCAAAAACCUCGCCAUUUGCUCUCCAUCGACGACGUCACUGCUGAAGAACUUCAUGCUCUCGUCACAAAUGCUAUCCGUCACAAAAGUCUCAUCCGUUCAACUCGAGAUACUACCACAUCAGCCACAGCUGGCUCUCUUUCUGCCCAUGCUCUUUCUGCCUCAUCCGGUGGUCUCCGUGGUCAAACUGUCCCUCUCAUCUUCUCAAAACGCUCUACCAGAACACGCGUCUCUACUGAAGGCGCCGUCACAUACCUUGGCGGACACUCUAUGUUCCUUGGUAAGGAUGAUAUCCAAAUCGGUGUCAAUGAAUCUCUCUAUGAUUCUUCUCGUGUCAUUUCCUCCAUGACUGCAGCCAUUGUUGCACGUGUUGGACCCCACGAGGACAUUUUGGGUCUUGCUGAACCCUCUUCAGUCCCUGUCAUCAAUGCCCUCUCCGAUCUCUUCCACCCCUUCCAGGCCAUUACUGACAUUAUGACUAUCCGCGAACAUUUUGCUCCUAAUAACUCUGGAAUUGAUGCCCUCAAGGGUCUUAAGGUCGCCUGGGUUGGUGAUGCCACAAAUGUCCUUCACGACCUCGCAAUUGCCUGCGCAAAGUCUGGCAUUGAUAUUGCUGCUGCAACUCCCCUCGAAUACCCCGUCAACCUUGACAUUGUCGAGAUGGUCCGCAGAGCAGGUGACGAAACUGGUGCCAUCUUUGAGGUCACUACCGACCCCCUGGCCGCCAUCAAAAAUGCAGAUGUCGUUGUCACCGAUACUUGGGUUUCUAUGGGCCAAGAGGCAGAGUACCGCCUUCGCAUGCAACAAUUUCAGGGCUAUCAAGUCACCUCUGAUAUGGUUAAGGCUGCUGGUGCCAACAAGGACUGGGUCUUUAUGCACUGUCUCCCCCGUCACCCUGAAGAAGUCUCUGACGAGGUUUUCUACUCGGACCGCUCGCUGGUUUUCCCUGAGGCUGAAAACAGACUUUAUGCUGCUAUUUCCGUGCUUGAGUCUUUUGUUGUCAACAAGGGAAACAUUUUGUAA